AUAAGGUUUUGAUCAGGUUAUCACCGGUUUGUAUUGAUUGUUUGUUUCUUUGCUGCGUGUUUCCGGUUCGAUUUGAUGAUUCGGUGACUCAGUUUGAACAACAGAGCUUCAUUUUACCGAUCACACAGACGCAGAUCAGUCCAUGGAGGGACACACUCCUGUGUCUGAAAACCCUCACGCAGAAUACGGCCUGACGGAAAACAUCCAGAGGACGGUGGAGAACGAGAAGGCGAGCGCAGAGAAGAUGUCCAAGCAGAAGGUGGACCUGCAGGCGCUGCCGACCCGAGCGUACCUGGACCAGACGGUGGUCCCGAUCCUGCUACAGGGUCUAUCGGUGCUCGCCAAGGACAGACCUCCGAACCCCAUCGAGUAUCUGGCAGCGUUCCUGCUGAAGAACAAAUCCCAGUUUGAAGAGAGAAAUUAAACUCUGAAGUCAUUUCAUACAAUAGAAACGUGUGUUUGUUAAUGCUAGACUGUUUUUUUUUAUCCACAAUAAACAUGUUGAUGAUGUGAAAGAGGA